AUGACGAGUUUCGAUUGCUCGUCGAAUGGAUCUCGAAAUCCAAGUUGUAGGAGUGGAAUAAGCUCCGAUGAGCCUUUACGAUUGAGUAUCAGUGAUGUUUUCAAAGGAUUAACUUCUGGUGUUUGUAUUUGUGGUCGAAUUGAAUCUGGUGCUGUCCAAUUAGGUCAAAAAUUGAUCGUAAUGCCCUCGAGUGAACAAGCAAUUGUUAAAGCAAUUUCAAUUGAAGAUUGCCUCUUUAAUCAAGCAUUUGCUGGUGAUCAAGUAACUUUAACAUUGACAGGAUGUAGUGCAACUAAUAUUGCCUCGGGUGAUAUAUUAUGUGAUAUAUCUGUUCCAUCACCUGUUACAACUCGUUUCCAGGCCAAAGUCGUAGUUUUUGCUAAUGUUCAGAUUCCAUUAACAAGGGGUUUUCAAGUUGUGUUACAUUGUAAAAAUUUGCAAAAACAAGCGACAAUCAGUAAAUUGAUUUCACUAUUGGACAAAAGCACUGGACAAGUGACCAAAACAAAGCCUCGAUGUUUAUCAGCAAAUUCAAGUGGAAUCGUCGAAAUCGAAACAUCCAAACCGAUUUCCAUUGAACUUUAUUCAGAAUACAAAGAUCUCGGACGAAUUACGCUUCGGUAUCGAGGAGCUACUGUGGCCGCUGGUUUGGUUAUCGAUCGAUGAAAAAACAAUCAAUUUUGCCUCUUUGAACUUAACAACUGGUCAUUUUUUUCGCCAAUUGGUUGAUUGGUUAUUUUCAUAACAACAAAAGGUAACUCAUAUGUCAAUAAUAGGACAAAAGUAAUGGACAAGUGACCAGAACAAAGCCUCGUUUUUAAGGAGAUAAUCAAAGUAGAAUCGUCGAAAUUAAACAUCCAAACCGAUUUCCAUUGAACUUUAUUCAGAAUACAAAGAUCUCGGACGAAUUAUGCUUCGGUAUCGAGGAGCGACUGUGGCCGCGGGUUUAGUUAUCGAUCGAUGAUAAAACUUAUCACUAAUCAAAUUUAAUCUCUUUCAAGUGUUUAACUUAACAUCAUCAUCAUCAACAAUCAGUGAUCAAUGUGACACAUUCAUCAUAAUUUUUUCAUCAUUAUUGUACCAAGACGUUUACAAUUGUACACACAAUUAGACAACACAAAAAACACCAACAAUCAAAUUCACACAUUCAACUAACAUUCAUAAUACCUUGUUUUUGGAAAUCAAUGAAAAACAAACAUUGAAAAUUGAUUAAUAGCUUUUAUUGUUUCUAUCUAACAAUUAACCCUCUAAAUUGUAAUCAGGUAUAAAUUUAUCUUUUGCGACAAUUAAUUUAGUCUAAACUUAAAUUGUUGCUGUAAUGAUUUUGUUUUUGUUUUUUCUAUUGAAAAAAUAAUCAAUAAAAGUCAAUGUUAAAUUGA